CGCUGCUGUGAGAAGAAACAAGCUUGGUGAGCACUCCGCUAAGCUGUGUGAUCAUUGACAGAGUUCAAUACACACACGCCUCAAGUGAUAACUGGUGGGAGGUUUGUGCAGCGAAGCUCCGAGGCUCUUCGUGGGACAACGGCUGUGAAUAUUUUCACCUUUGAAGCCGAGGUAUUACCUAAUAUAAAUAUAUAUAUAUUUAUAUAUAUAUAUUUUCAUCUGAACCACAGUCAGACAAUUGACCAAUUGGAACAGUUUCCACAAUUUUCAUCAGCUUGUCUGCAGCCCCCUACCUGCACAGACAGUCUUCAGCCCCAGCAUGAAUGAAGUCAGUGUUGUUAGAGAGGGAUGGCUCCACAAGAGAGGUGAAUACAUUAAAACAUGGCGUCCUCGUUACUUCAUCUUAAAAAGCGAUGGCUCCUUUAUUGGAUACAAAGAGAAGCCUGAGGUAUCCAGUGACCACAACCUCCCGCCACUGAACAACUUCUCUGUUGCAGAGUGCCAGCUGAUGAAGACCGAACGUCCCAAGCCCAAUACGUUUGUUAUUCGUUGUUUGCAGUGGACCUCGGUUAUUGAGCGAACCUUCCAUGUAGAAAGCAAUGAGGAGAGGGAGGAAUGGAUGCGAUCGAUCCAGGCAGUAGCAAAUAGCCUGAAGAGUCAGCAGCAGGACGAGGAGCCCAUGGAGAUCAAAUUUGGCUCGCCGAGUGACAGCAGCGGCGCAGAGGAGAUGGAGAUUGCUGUGUCCAAAUCCCGUUCAAAAGUGACUAUGAGCGACUUUGACUACCUGAAGCUGCUGGGCAAAGGGACAUUUGGUAAAGUGAUCUUGGUGAAGGAGAAGGCCACAGGAAUGUACUAUGCCAUGAAAAUCCUCCGCAAAGAAGUCAUCAUUGCUAAAGAUGAGGUGGCUCACACAGUUACAGAAAGCAGAGUUCUCCAAAACACGCGGCAUCCCUUUCUAACGACACUAAAAUAUGCAUUUCAAACACACGACCGGCUAUGCUUCGUGAUGGAGUACGCAAAUGGAGGAGAACUCUUCUUUCACUUAUCUCGGGACAGAGUAUUCACAGAAGAUAGGGCACGAUUCUAUGGUGCGGAAAUAGUGUCGGCACUGGAAUAUCUACACUCACGCAAUGUAGUUUACAGGGACUUAAAGCUUGAGAACCUCAUGUUGGACAAAGAUGGCCACAUAAAGAUAACAGACUUUGGGCUGUGUAAAGAGGGGAUCACAGAUGGUGCCACCAUGAAAACCUUCUGUGGGACCCCAGAGUAUCUUGCACCAGAGGUGCUUGAAGACAACGAUUAUGGACGAGCAGUAGACUGGUGGGGACUGGGAGUCGUGAUGUAUGAAAUGAUGUGCGGCCGGUUGCCGUUUUACAACCAGGACCAUGAACGCCUGUUUGAGCUCAUCCUCAUGGAGGAAAUCCGCUUCCCUAAGAACCUGGCCCCAGAAGCCAAGGCCCUGCUGGCAGGCCUGCUCAAAAAGGAUCCCAAACAAAGGCUUGGAGGCGGACCAGACGAUGCCAAAGAAGUGAUGACCCAUAAGUUCUUCAUCUCCAUCAACUGGCAGGAUGUCAUUGACAAGAAGCUCAAUCCACCCUUCAAGCCCCAGGUAACAUCAGAGACAGACACCCGUUACUUUGAUGAUGAGUUCACAGCACAAACUAUUACAAUAACUCCUCCAGACAAGUAUGACAGUUUAGAUGCAGAUGACUCGGAUCAGCGUACACACUUCCCUCAAUUCUCCUACUCUGCCAGCAUACGGGAAUGAUCACUCAGAUCACUCAUGAACAAGCAGGCAGGCUGGCACACGAUCACAACCCCACAUACACACUUGCACUGCUGAGGAAUUUGAAUGACACAAACAAAAAAGUGGCACAAGACACAUUUUCAUCCUGUCUUUAAUGUAAUUAAUCAUAUAUAUAUAUAUAUAUAUAUAUAUAUAUAUAUAUAUAUAUAUAUAUAUAUAUACACACAAAUCAGACAAGACACAGAUCAUAGGUAGGAAAUGAACAUACAAACCAAGAAUGACUGACCUCAGCGGGUUUGUGUAGAUAGACUGGCAGCUUUGUCCCUGUAUGUCCUCUCAGGGUUGACAUUAGGCUUCCCUGCUGGAUCUCGGCUGCACUACACUGGGCACCACAUCAAAGCCUUUACACUUUGAAAACCAGGUUAUGCCAGCAAGUACCACCUCUUUACCAGCUGUACUCGUGCUUUACACAAUUGCAGACACACCAAACAACCCAUGCAUAUACUGCAUCUAAACAUAAACAUACUUGAUAGAAUUUUAAAAAGUAUAAUCAAAAAUAAGGAAAUUGAAAAUAUUUGCGGAAAAGGACAUUUUUCUUUCAUCAGUUGUUACGGUUUAAAUGUAAAGCCAUACUUCAGCAUAUGUCUUUUUUUUAAUUUGUGAUUUAAAAAAGAAUUUAACAAGUGCUCUUUUUGGAACUUGCUGUUACAAAUCAAGUGUGGAAUUUUCCUACAGAAGGGGGGAAAUGAGAAAGGGGGUAAGGCCAUUACUGUGUUUGCACUGCACCAGUGUAUAUGCGAAUUGAUGAGAGGAUAUGAAUGUGUGUGUGCGUGCAGAGAAUGAAUGAACCAUUUUGAUUUUUAGCCAUCCAUUUGUGUCUGUUUUUAUGUUUUUAAACUUUGCUGAAAUAUUAACAACAGAGGACACUACACAGCACACUCAUCAAGCUAGUAUUUUUUAAGGGAAGCUGGCAUGUAAUUUUUUGAUUUCUGUGACCAGCUUACCGCUUAGUUGACUGAGUAAGGAUUACAGAUAAAGAUCCAUUGCAUGGCUGUCUAUUACUGUAAAGGCUGCAUUAAUUUAAUUUGGAAGUUCUGCAGCAGUCAUGCAUUUAGUCCCAAGUUGCUGUGUCCAGACUGAGAGACUGAGUUACUGGUCUGAAAUGCAAGGAAGUCCAGGCCAGUUUCACCAAGAGAGAAAAAAAAGAGGAAAAUGGAGACAAGGCUUUCAAGCAGUUUUUCUCCAGCCUAUCCACAGAGACCAAAGCACAGCUACUUACUGUCUUCGGUCCAAAAAAUCUCACUCCCUGGCUGAAAAGUUAGGCAACAAUCUUGUGUUUUUUUUUUUUUUUAUCUAUUAUUAAUAUCAGCAAGUUUUUUUGUGUGUGUGUUUAAAACAAGCUUUCGAUUGUCCCCAUAUUUAAAUAAUAGGAAAUUGUUCGUAAGAGACCAAAAUUUAACUUUUUUUUUUUUUUGAAGUUAUACACUUUAUGAUUCCACAUUUAAUGUUAAAAGUCUGAUUUGUGUUUUUUUAAAUGCUGCUGUCAAAGCACUUGCAUGUAUGCAGUUGUAUGUCUGGAACAGCAGGUUUACAGUUCGACUGAAAGCUGCGUGAGCUGUUGGUUCAGCCUGCAGAAAGAAGAAACUACUCAAAACAUCAGCUGUAUAACUAAGCUGAAAUGUCAACCUGCAUACAUGAGUCAUGAUGAUUCAUGAUUGAGAGAUGCUGUGAACAGCAGAUUGAAAAGUGCUCCAACUGGCGCAAGCAUAUGUUAUUCCGUGAUGCUGGAAGAGGUGUUGGUUGCUUUUUAAGUUAUACUAAAGGAACAUCAAAUCCCUGUUUAUGUUAUGAUUUCUGUUUGUUGAAUUUUCACCCUUUAUGUCCAUUUAUUUCUCAAAUUUUGGAAGACACAUUGUCUUGUUUAAGUAUAUAAAAUAUAUAUAUUAAAUUUUUUUUAAACAUC